GGGGACGAUAGUUGACUCGACUCUCUUUCUUACAUAGUCCAUUAAGCUAUCAGUACUGUGUACUUUUUCAAUGUGAAGUCGAUCCAUGUGGAGUCUAUCAGAUCCUCUACGUGCUUUAUUACUCUCUUUUCCUCCUUGAUUCCGACUAAACUGUCACCGAUCAUCCAGUUUACCUUGAAUGAUACCAUCGAGGCGGCUGAUUCCGUCAUUUAAUACUACACCAACCAAGAUGCGUCUUCAAAGUAGCAGAUCGGUGAUAGAUUAUACCCCCCUCCCGACAAUGGACGACUCAGCGCCCAAAUUUGACGAACCCGACCCUUCCUCGUCGCCGCGGCCACCGUCAUACGAUGGCGCUGCGACGUCCAUUUACCGAGCGAACGCCGAUGUACUGAACCAAGCCCUCCAGGAUAUCGGAAUGGGCCGAUAUCAGUGGCAGCUGUUCGCUGUCAUCGGGUUUGGCUGGGCUAGCGAUAAUUUGUGGCCAAUCGUCACCUCGCUCAUUCUCGUGCCCAUAUCUUAUGAAUUCAACGUCGCUCAACCGCCUCUGUUGACGCUCGCCCAGAAUAUCGGGCUGUUGGUCGGGGCGCUCUUCUGGGGGUUUAGCUGCGAUUUUUUCGGGCGACGAUGGGCUUUCAAUCUCACAAUCGGCAUCACCGCCGUCUUUGGCCUGGCAGCUGCUGGGUCACCUACAUUCGCAGCGGUCGGCGUCUUUGCGGCUUUGUGGUCGGUCGGCGUGGGGGGUAACCUACCGGUGGAUUCGGCUAUCUUCCUCGAGUUCCUGCCGGGAUCGCAUCAGUACCUGCUGACCGUCUUGUCCGUCAACUGGGCCCUGGCACAGCUACUGGCGAACCUGGUUGCAUGGCCGCUGCUGGGCAAUCUGACCUGUGCGUCGGCAGAAACUUGCACCAGGGACAACAACAUGGGCUGGCGGUAUUUUUUGAUCAGCAUGGGCGGGCUGGCCCUGCUCAUGUGUAUUGUCCGCUGUCUCUUCUUCACACUUUAUGAAUCCCCGAAGUAUCUCAUGGGCAAGGGCCGCAAUCACGAAGCCGUAACUGUAGUCCACGAGGUUGCCCGUCGCAACGGGAAAACGUCUGAUCUGUCGCUAGAGAAUCUGAGUGAACUAAUAACCCUUGAAGGUGAACAGCAUGCUCCGCGCCAAGGUCUCAGUACAUCCGAUCAGAUGCGCAUGCUGAUGGAACCGCUCAGCCUUUCACACGUCAGAGCGCUAUUCAACACACCACUGCGUGCCUGGUCUACCGGCUUGAUGAUUGUGAUCUGGACUCUUAUCGGACUCGGCUUCCCCCUUUAUAAUGCCUUCCUGCCCUACCUCCAACAAACCCGGGGCGUCCAAUUCGGGGACGGCUCUACCUACACCACCUACCGCAACUCGCUCAUCAUCGCGGCUAUCGGCGUUCCCGGUAGUCUCGUCGGUGGCGCUAUGGUUGAACUCCCCCGUCUAGGCCGGAAGGGCACUCUCACCUUCGCUGCCAUCGCGACAGGGACGUUUCUACUGGCGUCGACCACGGCGUCUACCUCCGAGGCACUUCUUGGCUGGAAUUGCGCAUACAGUUUCACAAGUAGCCUGUUGUAUGCCGUGCUGUACGCAUACACCCCGGAGAUGUUCGAAACCAAAGACCGCGGAACAGGCAAUGCAUUGGUCAGUGCCGCGAAUCGUGUGGGAGGCAUUAUGGCCCCUAUUAUCGCCAUCUUCGCUACUGUACAGACGACCAGCCCGGUGUACGUGAGUGGAGUGUUGUUCUUAGUUGCAGGGUUCUUGGUGUUGCUUAUUCCCUACGAAACGAGAGGGAAGUCGAGUUUGUAGAUCUUUUUCUCGCUCAUCUACUACUUGUCAACGUGCAUCCUGCCUUGUCAGGAGGAUCGGUCAGUCAUAGAGGCCGAUCGCCACAUAUAACGUAUCUUUUCUGAUGGAUAGUCAAUCAUGCUUGCUCUGGAGCUUAAUGGAAUCUUUUAACUAGAUAGAUCUACCUCAAAACGCUACACAAUGGACCAGAGACCUUGUCUCUCUACCGCCAUAAUGAUUGUCCCAGUCCUGAAGAUGCUUAACCUUUUACUAUCUAUUUGCAAUAUGAAAGCUUUAGUAGCAACUUAA